GGCGGGCAGUGGGGCUUCAGGAGCCUGGGCCGCGCGUUCCUCCCUGCCUGCGCCGGCCGCAGUCACCUGUGUGUCUCUUGUGUUUGAACUUCAGGAUGGCUCGUUUUGGGGAGGCAGCCGUCGGCAGGCCUGGCUCCGGCGAGGGAGACUCCGACCAGAGCAGGAACCGGCCAGAAACGCCUGUGCCAGCCUCGGGUUCUGCGGCCGCCUACAAGCAGUCGAAAGCGCAGAGGGCGCGCACUAUGGCCCUGUACAACCCGAUCCCCGUCCGUCAAAACUGCUUCACGGUGAACAGAUCCCUGUUUAUCUUUGGCGAGGACAACGUUGUCAGGAAGUACGCCAAGAAGCUCAUCGACUGGCCGCCGUUUGAGUACAUGAUCCUGGCCACCAUCAUUGCCAACUGCAUCGUCUUGGCUCUGGAACAGCACUUGCCUGAGGAUGACAAGACCCCAAUGUCCCGCAGACUGGAGAAGACCGAGCCCUACUUCAUUGGCAUCUUCUGCUUUGAGGCUGGGAUCAAGAUUGUGGCCCUGGGGUUCAUCUUCCACAAGGGCUCCUACCUCCGCAAUGGCUGGAAUGUCAUGGAUUUCAUCGUGGUCCUCAGCGGCAUCCUGGCCACGGCGGGCACCCAUUUCAACACUCAUGUGGACCUGAGGACGCUGCGUGCUGUGCGUGUACUGCGGCCCUUGAAGCUGGUGUCCGGUAUCCCCAGCCUGCAGAUUGUGCUGAAGUCCAUCAUGAAGGCCAUGGUGCCCCUGCUGCAGAUUGGCCUUCUGCUCUUCUUCGCCAUCCUCAUGUUCGCCAUUAUUGGCCUGGAGUUCUACAGUGGGAAGCUGCACCGCGCCUGCUUCGUAAACAAUUCAGGUGUUCUGGAAGGAUUCGACCCCCCUCACCCAUGUGGCGUGCAGGGCUGCCCGGCUGGUUACGAGUGCAAGGACUGGAUCGGCCCCAACGACGGAAUCACACAGUUCGACAACAUCCUCUUUGCGGUGCUCACCGUUUUCCAGUGCAUCACCAUGGAGGGCUGGACCACCGUGCUGUACAACACCAACGAUGCCUUAGGAGCUACCUGGAACUGGCUGUACUUCAUCCCUCUCAUCAUCAUCGGAUCCUUCUUUGUGCUCAACCUGGUCCUUGGAGUGCUCUCUGGGGAGUUUGCCAAGGAGAGAGAGAGGGUGGAGAACCGCAGAGCCUUCAUGAAGUUGCGGCGGCAGCAGCAGAUUGAGCGUGAGCUGAAUGGCUACCGGGCCUGGAUAGACAAAGCAGAGGAAGUCAUGCUUGCUGAAGAAAACAAAAACUCAGGGACGUCGGCCUUAGAAGUGCUUCGCAGGGCAACCAUCAAGCGGAGUCGCACAGAGGCCAUGACUCGGGACUCCAGCGACGAGCACUGUGUGGAUAUUUCCUCUGUGGGCACCCCUCUUGCCCGAGCCAGCAUCAAGAAUGCGAAGGUGGAUGGGGCCUCCUAUUUCCGGCACAAGGAAAGGCUCCUGCGUAUCUCUGUGCGCCACGCUGUUAAGUCCCAGGUGUUCUACUGGAUUGUGCUAAGCCUCGUGGCCCUCAACACAGCCUGUGUAGCCAUCGUCCACCACAACCAGCCCCAGUGGCUCACCCACCUCCUCUACUAUGCAGAGUUCCUGUUCCUGGGGCUCUUCCUCCUGGAGAUGUCUCUGAAGAUGUAUGGCAUGGGCCCCCGCCUCUACUUCCACUCCUCCUUCAACUGCUUCGACUUUGGGGUCACAGUUGGCAGCAUCUUUGAAGUGGUCUGGGCAAUCUUCAGGCCAGGCACAUCUUUUGGAAUCAGCGUCUUGAGAGCUCUCCGGCUUCUGAGAAUAUUUAAAAUAACAAAGUACUGGGCUUCUCUACGGAAUCUUGUGGUCUCCCUGAUGAGCUCCAUGAAGUCCAUUAUCAGUCUGCUCUUUCUCCUCUUCCUAUUCAUCGUGGUCUUCGCCCUUCUUGGUAUGCAGCUGUUUGGCGGCAGGUUUAAUUUCAACGAUGGGACACCUUCAGCAAACUUUGACACUUUUCCUGCCGCCAUCAUGACUGUAUUCCAGAUCCUGACCGGAGAGGACUGGAAUGAGGUGAUGUACAACGGCAUCCGCUCGCAAGGUGGUGUCAGCUCGGGCAUGUGGUCAGCAGUCUACUUCAUUGUACUCACCUUGUUUGGAAACUACACACUGUUGAAUGUGUUCUUGGCCAUCGCUGUGGACAAUCUAGCCAAUGCCCAGGAAUUGACGAAGGAUGAGCAGGAAGAAGAGGAGGCCUUCAACCAAAAGCAUGCCCUGCAGAAGGCCAAGGAGGUCAGCCCGAUGUCCGCACCCAAUGUGCCCUCCAUUGAAAGAGACAGGAGGAGAAGACACCACAUGUCGAUGUGGGAGCCACGCAGCAGCCACCUGAGGGAGCGGCGGCGGCGGCACCAUAUGUCUGUGUGGGAGCAGCGCACAAGCCAGCUGCGGAGACACAUGCAGAUGUCCAGCCAGGAGGCUCUCAACAAGGACGAGGCCCCCCCAAUGAACCCCCUCAACCCACUCAACCCCCUGAGUCCCCUCAACCCACUCAAUGCCCACCCCAGUCUCUACAGGAGACCACGGCCCAUCGAGGGCCUGGCCUUGGGCCUGGGCUUGGACAAGUGUGAGGAGGAGCGUGCCAACCGUGGCGGGUCCCUCAAGGGGGUCCUGGACAGCCAGAGGAGCCCCUUGUCCCUGGGCAGACGGGAGCCACCAUGGCUGGCCAGGCCCUGUCAUGGGAACUGUGAGCCAGCCCCACAGGAGACAACUGGUGGGGAAACUGUGGUCACCUUUGAGGACCAGGCCAGGCACAGGCAGAGCCAGAGGCGUAGCCGGCACCGUCGAGUCCGGACAGAAGCCAAGGAGUCUUCCUCAGCCUCGCGGAGCAGGUCGGCCAGCCAGGAGCGGAACUUAGACGAGGGGACGUUGACUGCAGCCGAGAGGGGCCAAGAGGCCCAGGGCAGCCUUGGCAAGGAGCCAAUGAUCCACGAAGAAGAGCAAGCUCAGGAUUCACGCAGGACAGGCUCGGGGCUGGCCGGAACCCUUGAGGGGGCAGACACAGCUCUGACCCCACCCCUGCCUGAGCUGGAUGAGGGCCAGGAUGCAACAUCUACUGAGCAGCAGCUGAGAGCCAGCCAGGAGCCCUCGCUGCAGGGACACGUGCAGCUGGAUGUGGGCAGGGCCAUCAGCCAGAGUGAGCCUGACCUCUCCUGCACAGCCACCACAGAAAAGGUCGCCACUGAGAGCAGUGAUGUCACUGUGGCCAUCCCUGACGCAGAACCCCUGGUGGAUUCUACAGUUGUGCACAUCAGCAACAAGACGGAUGGAGAAGCUAGUCCUCUGAAGGAGGCUGAAAGCAAGGAGGCCGAGCAGGAGACAGAGAAAACGAAGAAGAAGGAGAGGCCAGCGGGUGGCAAAGCCAUGGUGCCCCACAGUUCCAUGUUCAUCUUCAGCACCAGCAAUCCGAUCCGGAGAGCCUGCCACUACAUUGUGAACCUGCGCUACUUUGAGAUGUGCAUCCUGCUGGUGAUUGCGGCCAGCAGUAUCGCCCUGGCAGCCGAGGACCCCGUGCUGACCAACUCGGAGCGCAACAGAGUCCUGCGCUAUUUUGACUAUGUGUUCACUGGCGUGUUUACCUUUGAGAUGGUCAUAAAGAUGAUAGACCAGGGCUUGAUCCUGCAGGACGGCUCCUACUUCCGAGACCUGUGGAACAUCCUGGACUUUGUGGUAGUGGUCGGUGCCUUGGUGGCCUUUGCCCUGGCGAAUGCUCUGGGGACCAACAAGGGGCGUGACAUCAAGACCAUUAAGUCACUACGAGUGCUACGUGUGUUGCGGCCACUGAAGACCAUCAAGCGCCUGCCCAAGCUCAAGGCCGUGUUUGACUGUGUGGUGACCUCCCUAAAGAACGUCUUCAACAUCCUCAUCGUGUACAAGCUCUUCAUGUUCAUCUUCGCCGUGAUUGCCGUGCAACUCUUCAAGGGAAAGUUCUUCUACUGCACAGACAGCUCCAAGGACACGGAGAAGGAGUGCAUAGGAAACUAUGUGGAUCAUGAGAAAAAUAAGAUGGAGGUAAAGGGCCGGGAAUGGAAGCGCCACGAGUUCCACUAUGACAACAUCAUCUGGGCUCUGCUGACCCUCUUCACUGUCUCUACGGGGGAAGGAUGGCCUCAGGUUCUACAGCAUUCUGUGGAUGUGACUGAGGAAGACCGAGGCCCAAGCCGCAGCAACCGCAUGGAGAUGUCCAUUUUCUACGUGGUGUACUUCGUAGUCUUCCCAUUCUUUUUUGUUAACAUCUUUGUGGCUCUCAUCAUCAUCACAUUCCAGGAGCAAGGGGACAAGAUGAUGGAGGAGUGCAGCUUGGAAAAGAAUGAGAGAGCAUGCAUCGACUUUGCAAUCAGCGCCAAGCCUCUCACCCGCUACAUGCCACAGAACAGGCACACCUUCCAGUACCGUGUGUGGCACUUUGUGGUGUCCCCAUCCUUUGAGUAUACCAUCAUGGCAAUGAUCGCCUUGAACACUGUCGUGCUGAUGAUGAAGUACUACUCUGCCCCCUGCACCUAUGAGCUAGCCCUCAAGUACCUGAACAUCGCCUUCACCAUGGUGUUCUCCCUGGAGUGCAUUCUGAAGGUCAUUGCUUUUGGCUUCUUGAACUAUUUCCGUGACACCUGGAACAUCUUCGACUUCAUCACUGUCAUUGGCAGCAUCACUGAGAUCAUCCUGGCUGACAGCAAGCUGGUGAACACCACAGGCUUCAACAUGAGCUUCCUGAAGCUCUUCCGGGCUGCCCGCCUCAUCAAGCUGCUGCGCCAGGGCUACACCAUUCGCAUCCUGCUGUGGACCUUUGUGCAGUCCUUCAAGGCUCUGCCUUAUGUCUGCCUGCUGAUCGCCAUGCUUUUCUUCAUUUACGCCAUCAUCGGGAUGCAGGUCUUUGGAAACAUUAAGCUAGAUGAAGAGAGCCACAUCAACCGGCAUAACAACUUCCGCAGUUUUUUUGGGUCUCUCAUGCUGCUCUUCAGGAGUGCCACGGGCGAGGCCUGGCAGGAGAUCAUGCUGUCAUGCUUGGGCGAGAAGGGCUGUGAGCCUGACACUACAGCACCUGCUGGCCAGCAGGAGAGCGAGCGCUGUGGAACUGACCUUGCCUACGUCUACUUCGUCUCCUUCAUCUUCUUCUGCUCCUUUCUGAUGCUCAACCUGUUUGUGGCUGUCAUCAUGGACAACUUUGAGUACCUGACCCGGGACUCCUCCAUCCUGGGGCCACACCACUUGGACGAGUUUGUGCGCGUGUGGGCCGAGUAUGACCGGGCUGCAUGUGGCCGCAUCCAUUACACUGAAAUGUACGAGAUGCUGACCCUCAUGUCGCCACCACUAGGCCUCGGCAAGAGAUGCCCCUCCAAGGUGGCGUAUAAGAGGCUGGUGCUCAUGAACAUGCCCGUGGCUGAGGACAUGACAGUCCACUUCACAUCUACCCUCAUGGCUCUGAUCCGCACAGCACUAGACAUCAAAAUCGCCAAGGGGGGCGCAGACAGGCAGCAACUGGACUCGGAGCUGCAGAAGGAGAUCCUGGCCAUCUGGCCCCACCUGUCUCAAAAAAUGCUGGACCUGCUGGUGCCCAUGCCCAAAGCCUCAGACCUGACUGUGGGCAAGAUCUAUGCAGCAAUGAUGAUCAUGGACUACUACAAGCAGAGCAAGGUGAAGAAGCAGAGGCGGCAGCUGGAGGAGCAGAAAAAUGCACCCAUGUUCCAGCGCAUGGAGCCUUCCUCUCUACCCCAGGAGAUCAUCGCCAAUGCCAAGGCCCUGCCCUACCUCCCGCCAGGUCCCCCUGCAGGCCUGGGUGGCCGGAGUAGAUGUCCUGCGAUGAGUCCACUGUCCCCACAGGAGAUCUUCCAGUUGACAUGCAUGGACCCGCCAGAGGAUGAAGGGCAGUUCCAGGAACAGCGCUCUCUGGAGCCAGAGGUUAGUGAAUUAGAAAGCGUGCGGUCCGCUAACCAUGGCACCCAGCUUCCUCAGGACACCCGGGAGCAGGAGGCAUCUGGGAGGGCCUCCUCUAUGCCACGCCUGACUAUGGAGCCCCAGGUGGUCACGGACCCAGGCUCCAUGCGGCGCUCCUUCUCCACCAUCCGGGACAAGCGCUCCAGCUCCUCGUGGCUGGAGGAGUUCUCCAUGGAACGGAGCAGCGACAACACCUACAAGUCACGGCGCCGCAGCUACCACUCAUCCCUACGGCUGUCUGCCCACCGCCUCAACUCAGACUCAGGUCACAAGGCUGACACUCACCGCUCAGGAGGCAGAGAGCGGGGACGAUCCAAAGAGCGAGAGCACCUUCUCUCCGCUGAUGUGUCCCGCUGCAGCUCCGAGGAGCGGGGGACCCAGGCGGACUGGGAGUCCCCCGAGCGCCAUCAGUCUAGGUCUCCAAGUGAGGGCAGGUCCCAGAGCCCCACCCGACAGGGCACAGGCUCCCUGAGUGAGAGUUCCAUCCCCUCUGUCUCGGACAGCAGCACCCCGAGGCACAGCCGCCGGCAGCUGCCUCCUCUUCCCCCAAAGCCACGGCCCCUCCUUUCCUAUUGCUCACUCAAGCAGCAGCCUGGUGGCGACUUCUCCCUGCAGGCUGAUGGGAGCCAGGGGGGCACCCUGCUGGCUUCCCCAUCCCUGCAGAGCACCCCAGGGGGCUUGUCCGAGGUACCUACUACAUCAGGCCCACAGGCCUCACCCCAGCGCUACAUCUCGGAGCCCUACCUGGCGCUGCACGAAGACUCCCACGCCUCGGACUGUGGCGAGGAGGAGACGCUCACCUUCGAAGCCGCUGUGGCCACUAGCCUCGGCCGGUCCAACACCAUCGGCUCAGCCCCACCCCUGCGGCACAGAUGGCAGAUGCCCAACGGGCACUAUCGGCGGCGACGGCGUGGGGGGCCUGGGCCUGGCACUGUGUGUAGCACUGUGGGUGAUCUUCUUAGUGACACCGAGGAAGAUGACAAGUGCUAG